GCGUAAGCACGCACCUCGUGGACCUUCCUUUCUAACGGUAGCAGGUGGUGUCAAUUCGCAUUGACUCGGCUGCCUCUUUUCUUGCUCUUCUUUUUCGUUUCAAACUGCCAGUCUCGUCUCCUUCCCCACAGGCUGCCCAGGUGCGCCGUGCAACAUACCUACCUAGGCAGGAACGGACGGUCUUGACAGAGAGCAUCGUGCGACUGGUUGACCAAGUAGUCUGCCUGCUUGCCAGAUAGGCGAGGUACUCGGGAGGAACCGUCCAUACUGCGCCCCACUCUUGCGCCCAUCCAUCAAUUGGGAGCCGGGUCUCAGCACCACCAACAGACAGUCAGCACCUCGGUUCCUCAGCAAAGCUCCAGUACAGGGCACAGAACCGACGAGUGCAGAGACAUCCAACAAACAGUACAGGCAACUCGAAACGCGUCGCCGUGGCAGACACGCAUUGCUGGUAUCGCAACAAGCGACCCGGGAGCGAACCUGUUGGCCCGCUUUCCACCAACCGGGCCGAGUUGAGCUGAGGACUCACAUCUAUUCCCAAUCUCCGUCGCCAUAGGAAUCGUCUCUCAGGCCCUGCGGACACGCCCUCACUCGCUGCUCGCCGCUCGCCGCCCGCCGCUCGUUUGUUUCGACUCUUACCCUGGCUUGAGCAUGACGGCACUGCUCGUGAGACAGAACUGAGUUGUCGCUCGCCUCGGGCCGCAGCACCGGCCCCCUCUCCCUGCGCCAUCAGCCACCAUGAAUAACCUCAACCUGCCCAUCCGAGGCUCGCCCACAAGUGAGCGCAACCAACAGAGCAGGAAUUAUUUUACCAGUUAUGCCCUGCCCUCGUCCACUGAGGCCAUCAACGGGCCUGUCAGAGAGCCAAUCAGGGACUUUGCGCCAAUAGCCGACAGGUUAAUUGUCGGCGUCGACUUUGGGACUACCUUCUCGGGUGUCGCUGCCGUCUAUACCUCCAACCCUGACGAUGUCGAGAUCAUCAAGACAUGGCCGGGGGGCAACGGUAUAACCUCUGACAAGGUACCCACCGAGAUAUCUUAUGAGAUCCCCAAAGACGCGCCGUCCGGCACCAAGCCAACUGUAAAAUGGGGCUUCCAAUUCAGGCCCGAGGAGUCGCGUCUGCGGUGCAUCAAACUGUUCUUGGACCGGUCACAGAAGCUGCCAUUCUACGUGAGCCCGCUUGAGACGGCAGGCCAGCUUAAGAAGUAUAACAAGACAGUCGUCGACGCCGUUAGCGACUACCUGACCCAGAUCUACGACCACACCAUGGACACGCUCACGCGACGGUAUGGCGAGUCGUUUAUGGCAUCUACAAAGGUCGACUUCGUGCUCACAUGCCCGGCGGUUUGGUCUGACUACGCCAAGAACACAACCCUCCAGGCAGCCGAGAGAGCAGGCAUGGGCGCGAAAUCGUCUAUCCAGAUGAUCAGCGAGCCCGAGGCAGCUGCGGUCUACACCCUAAAGGCUAUACAACCCAAUCACCUGAAUGUCGGGGACAACUUCAUAGUAUGCGAUGGUGGAGGAGGCACGGUUGACUUGAUUGCCUAUAAAAUAAUAUCUCUGAAGCCACUCAAAGUAGAGGAGUCGGCCGUGGGGACAGGCGGGCUCUGCGGUAGCGCGUUCCUGAACUACCGAUUCGAGGAACAUGUCAAGACAAGGCUUGGCAAGACCCGGUUCGACGAGAUGAAGGCCAAGAAGGGCAAGACCUGGCAGAUGGGCCUUCGGUAUUUUGAGGAAUUUGUGAAGCGCAACUUCAACGAGGACGAGCACCAGGAGAUCAACAUCCCAUUUCCGGGUCUUGCGGACGACGAGGAAGUCGGCCUCGACUCGGGAUUCUUGGUAAUGACCGCGGCUCAAGCCAAGGAAAUCUUCGAGCCCGUUGUAAAGGAGGUGUGCGACCUUGUACAGGGGCAGGUCGACGGCCUCCGGGCCAAAGGCGGCAUCGUGUCUGGAAUCAUACUAGUCGGUGGCUUCGGCCAGAGCGACUACCUGUAUCGACGGGUCAAAUCGCACUUCACCAGUGCGGCGCCCCCACCGUACAGCGAGAGGCCGACCCACGCGAAUGCUCUGAGCAACGCCGGUGACAACACCUCCAUCGAGGUUAUGCAGCCCGUGUAUGCAUGGACGGCGGUUGUCCGUGGCGCGGUGCUCAGAGGUCUUGAGGGGAACAUGGUCAUCUCGAGAAAGGCGAGGAUGCACUAUGGCACAAGUUAUGCGACAGUCUUUGACGAGGACAAACAUUCAGUCAGUGAGAGGUAUUGGAGCCCACUGUGGGAGAGGUGGAUGGUGAGCGAUCGCAUGCAGUGGCACAUUGCAAAGGGGGAUGCGAUAUCGCCGCUCACGCCAAUUGCUUUCCACUACACGAGGAACUUCAGGCCAGGGCAGUCCCUGGUGGUUACGGAUGAUCUGAUUGCGUGCGAGGCCGACGAGCCUCCAGCAGCAUACACGCGGGACCUGGUCCAUGUGUGCAAGCUCACCACGGACCUGAACGCCGUGCCCCGGAGCCUGUUCACCCGCUUGACCACGACGAGGGGGGUCGAGUUUGACAACCUAGACUUCACACUCGAGAUGAUUGUUGACAGUGCAGGCUUGGGCUUUGAGCUCAAGGUUGACGGGGUCAGGUACGGUCGUGUGGACGCAGAUUUCCAGUGAUGGACAUAACUCACAAGACAACGAUGAUCUGCGUGAUGCUCAAAUUAGACAUAGCGACAUAGUAAAGUAUACGGGGAGAAAGCCCCUGUCUGGCCUUGUUGAAGGAUCCUCAAAAGUCUUCACGUGCCUUAUCAUUGCACCCGCAAGAACUUACACGAUGCAUAGGAGCUCCUCCGGCUUUCCUACGUCGCUGUUUAAUUGGAUCUUGUGCUGGAGACCGUCUCUCCUAUGGACCACCUCAGCAGGCUAUUGAUAAGGAGGUUCUCCUGUACGAGAUUAUCUCUCAAAGGUUGGGAAGCUGUCUUAAUGAGGGUGGUGCCAUAGAAAGUCUUUUUUUUUUUGGAGGGAGGGGGGUGGCAGAUGCCGUGGUUGGCUUGCAGGCACCGGAGUAGAGCUUGUACUAAUAAACAGCACAUUCCAAAAGUUCAACGUAGCACAGGAGAACCAAAA